CUCAACUGCUUUUUAGAUGUGGUCUUUGAAACAAGGAUAUUCUCCACGUCGUUGGGUUGAAAGCCUGGAGCGGGUUGCACACGCGUGCCACUGCGUCGGACCAUCCCGCGCAGCGAGGAUGGCUGCCCUGGGCUCCCCCGGCACGGCAACACAUGCGCGGUGAUAUGCAUUUACAGUUUCACUACCGGCAUCCACGUGAGCCAGUACGCCAAGCAGUCUCGCGCAACACGCCCGGCAGCGAGGGCUGGCCGCAGCUGCGCCAGGAGCUCAAGAUGAGGCUGCUCACAUUGCGGCGGGAGGGAGACCCCCUGGGUGUGGUGGAGACGCUGCGGGAUGUGCGCAAGCUGCCUUCCCUGCGCGCGUCGGGACCAGCUGGCUCAACUGCGGAUGUGAUGUCGGUCGCCGUGCGUGUGCGCCGGGUGCCAUGAAGAUUGCGGGUGUUACUUCUAUUGAUAUGCAGGAUGUGUCGAUGCCAUGCAUCAUGUCAUUGAUGGGCAUUCAUCAGGGGAGCGGGCAGACUGCGCCGAUGUGAUGAUCGACAGGGUACGUGUGACAGAUGGGCCCGGAUCCGCGGCUGGUUUUACAUGCCAGUACGUAUUAGCCUAUUAG